AAACCCCUUCCUGCCCGCCCACCAAAACCUCCUGAAAACACAUCCGAUCCGAGAAUUUGAAGCUAUUUGAGAUUCUGAAAAUCACAUAUUAAUUAUACGGUUGUUGACUGAGAGAGAGAGGAGAGAUGGCUGUGAAUCAAGCUGGUUCGUCCCUCGAUUCUCUCAUAUCUUCGUUCAACACUCGAAUCGCCGAGCUUCAAGAGCUCGUAAUCGGCAGAAACAUGUACCCCGCGAGCAGCAUCAAUGAUCUGUCGGCGGUGGAUGCUGCAUUGAAGGCGAUGGAGCUGCAGAUACAGGCUAUCAAGGAUCGGUUGCGUGAGGAGAAUGAGGCUAUUCCCAAAGCUAAGGUACUUCGAAGUAGGACUUCGCUUUAUUGCUUGCAAGUUGAGACUCAUCAAUGCAUCACUUCAGCAACAGAAGAAGUUGCAGAGUAUGUCUGUUCAUGUACCCUCACAUUUGUCAGAAAGAAUUACCGUAUUGAAUUCAGAUACAAAUAAAGGUGCACUUACUGAAGCCUCUAAUCUACAACCUGGGUUUGGUACUUUGAAGGCUGAGGAGGAGCCUGCAGCACUACCUAAGGGAAAAAAGGGCCGCGUCUCUCCACCAUUGUGGUACAUAACUGCUGAUGAGCUGGAUUCCUUAUCCUCAUACAUGAGAGGAAGGCUCACACUAGAUAAGGUCAAUUCUGCUAUCAACGACAUGGCAGCGUACGCUGAAACAAAUGCUCAGCUUAUUGGAGCCUCAAAGAAAAAGGUGGCAGAAAAUCUCUGGGAAAAAGCAUUAGAAGUAAGGGAUAUUGCAAUGACAGAAACAAUCAAGGGAAAACACUUUUUCCUUGAAACUGACAUAAAGGGGCCAACAUUGAAGCUUGACAACACCGGAAAAGCUAUACUCACUGUUCUUCGUCACCUCGGUCGCAUCAAUGAGACCCGGAUCGGGCAUCACCGUGUAAUCAUUCUUUUGAAGCCCCAGUGACCUACUUAAUUCGCUUCUUUUACUUUUAUUAAUAAAAAUUAUUGUGUUACGAAAAAAAAUAAUAAAAAUUAGUUGUAGUAUAUCAUGUAUGCUAAAGUCCAAAUGGCAAAAAUGUAAAGAUAUUAUAUACGAACCCGUUAGGUGGACCGAUGUCACAAGAAUCAAAAUGGAACAGAAUUUCAUCCUA